AUGUGCAUACGUAGACAGAUUUACCGGAGAAUGUCGAAUGAUAACGACGCACCGUUGCCUGAAGGAUGGGAAAUGAGGACCAGCCGUUCUACGGGUAUGACAUAUUUCCUCAACAUGUAUACUAAGAAGUCUCAGUGGGAGAGACCUGACGCCCCCGCAGACCCAGGCGAAGUCCGAUGCAGUCACAUUCUUGUCAAGCAUGCUGAGAGUAGACGUCCUUCAUCUUGGCGCGAAGAAAACAUAACUAGAUCAAAAGAGGAAGCUAUGGAGUUGCUUAAAAAUUAUCGUAAGCAGAUUGUGUCCAAUGAUGCUGCGUUCACUGAUUUGGCUAUGAAAUAUUCAGACUGUUCUUCUGCAAAGCGAGGUGGUGACUUGGGAAUGUUUGGAAGAGGCCAAAUGCAACAAGCGUUUGAAGAAGAAGCAUUCAAACUAAAGGUUGGACAGCUAAGCAAACCAGUAGAAACAGACUCUGGAUUCCAUAUUAUAUUAAGAACUGUG